UCGCCGUGUAAGGUUAUGCCUUCAUCUUCUUCGCCGUGUAAGGUUAGGCCUUCUCCUUCUCCAUCAUGUAAGGUAACGCAUUCAUCUUCUCCGUCGUGUAAGGUUAGGCCUUCUCCUCCUCCGUCUUAUAAGGUUAGGCCUUCAUCUUCUUCGCCGGGUAAGUUUAGGCCUUCAUUUUCUCCGUCUUGUAAGGUAACGCCUUUAUCUUCUCCGCCGUGUAAGUUUAGGCCUUCUCCUUCUCCGCCGUGUAAGGUUAGGCCUUCUCCUUCUCCGUCUUGUAAGGUUAGGCCUUCAUCUUCUCCGUCUUAUAAGGUAACGCAUUCAUCUUCUCCGCCGUGUAAGGUUAGGCCUUCUCCUUCUCCGUCUUAUAAGGUUAGGCCUUCUCCUUCUCCAUCUUGUAAGGUAACGCCUUCAUCUUCUCCGCCGUGUAAGUUUAGGCCUUCUCCUUCUCCGCCGUGUAAGGUUAGGCCUUCUCCUUCUCCGUCUUAUAAGGUUAGGCCUUCAUCUUCUCUGCCGUGUAAGGUUAGGCCUUCUCCUUCUCCGUCUUGUAAGGUUAGGCCUUCUCCUUCUCCGUCGUGUAAGGUUAGGCCUUCUCCUUCUCCAUCAUGUAAGGUAACGCCUUUAUCUUCUCCGCCGUGUAAGUUUAGGCCUUCUCCUUCUCCGCCGUGUAAGGUUAGGCCUUCUCCUUCUCCGUCUUGUAAGGUUAGGCCUUCAUCUUCUCCGUCUUAUAAGGUUAGGCCUUCUCCUUCUCCAUCUUGUAAGGUAACGCCUUCAUCUUCUCCGCCGUGUAAGGUUAGGCCUUCUCCUUCUCCGUCUUAUAAGGUUAGGCCUUCUCCUUCUCCAUCUUGUAAGGUAACGCCUUCAUCUUCUCCGCCGUGUAAGUUUAGGCCUUCUCCUUCUCCGUCUUGUAAGGUUAGGCCUUCUCCUUCUCCGUCGUGUAAGGUUACGCCAUCAUCUUCUUUCUUCUUCGCCGUGUAAGGUUAGGCCUUCUCCUUCUCCGCCGUGUAAGGUUAGGCCUUCAUCUUCUCCGCCGUGUAAGGUUAGGCCUUCUCCUUCUCCAUCAUGUAAGGUAACGCAUUCAUCUUCUCUGCCGUGUAAGUUUAGGCCUUCAUUUUCUCCAUCUUGUAAGGUAACGCCUU